CGGGUCUCUAUUUUUAUAGGAUCGGCCCGGUUAAAGAGGAGGUUGUUGUAGCACUGUAAUACGGGUAGGCUGUGUAGAUCGAACCAGGAAGAGCGCGUGUCGAGCGAGUUAGCGGGAGGGAGAGAGCGAGUUAGGGUUUUGUUAAUCUUAAUCUCCGAAGGUCAGUGAGUGCGGUUAUAUUUCCAUCGUAACGUUUGUAGGUACAUGUGUUUGUUCCUUGCACUUGAGGACUUGUCUUCCUCAUUAUUGAGUGUAAGCGCUUGAUUUGUAGAGAGGGAGGUUGUGGGAUCUCGAGAGCGCAAGAGGAACAAAAGAGAGAAAUUGUGUGUGUUUGUAGCUAUUUUCUAGAUUUGUGGGUGCAGCGAUUUUUACCAUGACUGAGAGGAAGCUUGUUGUUUUGGGUAUCCCAUGGGACGUAGAUACAGAGGGUUUACGAGAAUAUAUGCGCGGGUUUGGGGAGUUGGAGGACUGUGUCGUGAUGAAGGAACGAUCUACUGGACGUUCUCGUGGAUUUGGCUAUGUAACAUUUGCUACUGCUGAUGAUGCUAAGAAUGCUUUGUCUAAGGAGCAUUUUCUUGGAAACAGAAUACUGGAAGUAAAAAUUGCAACUCCGAAGGAGGAGAUGAGGGCACCUGCAAAGAAGGUGAGCAGGAUUUUUGUGGCUAGGAUAUCACCAUCAGUUACUGAAUCUACUUUCAGAAGCUACUUUGAGAAAUAUGGUGAGAUAACAGAUCUGUACAUGCCAAAGGAUCCAAGCACUAAAGGUCAUCGUGGGAUUGGUUUCAUCACCUUUUCAAACUCUGAGUCAGUUGAUGACCUAAUGAAUGAAAGCCAUGAACUGGGAGGCUCUACUGUUGUUGUUGAUCGAGCAACUCCAAAGGAAGAUGAUUUCAAGCCAGUAAGACGAAUGCCUCAAGGUGGUGGAUAUGGAGCAUACAACACAUACAUGAAUGGAGCUACUAGAUAUGCUGCCUUGGGGGCUCCAACAAUGUAUGACCAACCACCUUCUUUGUAUGGAAGAGGCUUACCCCCUCGUGGAAUGGGGAGAAAGAUUUUUGUUGGAAGGCUUCCUCAGGAGGCAACUGUAGAAGAUCUUCGCCAUUAUUUUGGCCGAUUUGGUCGUAUUUUAGAUGCUUAUAUUCCUAAGGACCCCAAGAGGACAGGACAUAGAGGUUUUGGUUUUGUUACAUUUUCUGAUGAUGGCGUGGCAGACCGUGUUUCGCGAAGACCUCAUGAGAUUUGUGGACAGCCGGUUGCAAUCGAUACUGCUACACCACUUGAUGAUGAUGCUAGUCCAAGUAGUUAUGCGAUUGAUAACCACCACCCAGAACCAUAUGGGGCCUAUGGUGGCCCAGUGCGUACCUAUGGCAGAAUGUAUGGGGGCUUAGGUGGUUUUGAUGAUUGGGGAUACGGCAUGCAUGGCGGCAUGCAUGGUGGCAUGCAUGGCGGCAUGAGCAGUAGUAGUUUUGGGGGAGGAAGACCUUCACGGACAGAUAUGAGGUAUAGGCCAUACUAGCUACACUGUCAUGGUGCUGAUAUAAGGUUACACGCCUUUCUGAUGAUAGCAGAGAACCCUCGAGCCGACUUAGUUGCUGCUAUUAAAGCAGUCCAAAAGAAUGGUUGGCCAAAACUCUUGGACUGAUUUUCUUAUGGUGUAGUAUGAAUUGUUAAGUUAUUUUUUAUUAGAGAUAUUAUGGACUAGCAAGCUUUUGCUGGAAGGCCUAAUACGUUAAAAGGAUGUUCUAUAAAUUUGAAAAAGUUGCUCGCUACUGAUGAAGCUAAUUUAUUUAGAUCCUACAACCUAUAAUGUAUCAUUGUUUACAAUUUGUAUUGUUGUUGGACUUGUUACUUUUAGCAUUGGAUUCCCGCAAUGAAUUUCUAGUGCUCUUGUUGAACUUGUUUUAUCUUUGGAGUUUGGAUAAUUGGAUGCCCAUAAUCGAUUGUUUUGGGAGAUACAUUUGCUCUCGUCUUUUUUCCA